AUGGACGGUCCCGGAUAUACCUCUGCGUCGUCUGCGUCUGCUCAUACCGCAACUUCACAUCGUCGCAAACUUAUUAAGAAACCUCCCUCCUACUUUGGUCGCUCCUCAUCUGGCUUCGAUGGUGGUGCCUUCGACGCCCAGUCACUCGAGAGCAAACGCAGUUCCCAGAGCCUGAAGAGGGCCCCAAGCGCUCCCCCAGCCCGCUCCAACCCCGCGACCGUGUCCGACUGGCAAGACUCUGAUCGAUCUCAUCCUCAAUUAUCCGCCAACAACACCCUAAGACCUGUCCCAUCGCCCAUCUCACAUCAGGGCGAUUUUACCCCCGCUAAUCAUUGGGCGCCUAUUUCUCGUCACUCCGACCGUCUUUCCGAUUCUUAUUUACGCCCACUCGAUAGCCCUGCUAUUCACGACGACCUGAUCGGCGCUCCUUUCGACGGCGCUGGUCUUUUAAGCAGUAUUGAAUCAAUAAAGAUCCCCAGUCCGAAAGCUCCUACCCGUCAUCGCUCCCCGCCCCAGAUCGUCAAGGCGCCUGUAGAAGUCAACGUUGCGAGCCCUGCUUUACGAACCGCAAACAGCUUCUCCGCGAUGGACUCGACUUUGACUGAGAAAGGCCUCGGCUCAAGGGCGCCAACGGAUGGCCCUUCUGUCAACCCCAAAAGAUUUUCUGACGAUGGAAGAGACUCCAAGCCUGCUGUUCUACGUAAAAAGUCUGGAUUUUCUGGUUUCAUGAACAGUUUGGUAGGAUCGCCCAAGAAGCCAGUUAUCUCUGCGCCUGAAAAUCCCGUCCACGUUACCCAUGUUGGCUACGAUAGUUCUACUGGCCAGUUCACAGGCUUGCCGAAAGAAUGGCAGCGACUUAUCAACGAAAGUGGAAUUCCUGAAAAGGAACGACGAGAGAAUCCGCAAACUAUGGUUGAUAUUUUACAGUUUUACAAAGAAACCACUGAGAGACCUGCGGAGGACCAAGUCCUAGAGAAAUUUCAUCAUGCUGGCCAGUAUGCCACCUCUCCGGCAGGCGCAGCAUCACCGGGCAUGUACCCGUCAAACUAUAUGGGAAGUUUUGAGAAUCCCCGAGCACCACCUCCUGUGCCCCGAGGCCAGGUCGGUAAAGACUUGAUGCCCAGCCGGCCGGCCCCGAAGCCACCCGUCAGUAUGGGCAACCGACAUAUGCCUCACGGCACAUACGCUAAAGACUCUGGCAUCGGUAUGUCCCAGUCAGGCGACGAGUCCUACGGCGUGUCCAAGGACGCUGGUCCCAUGCUCCCCGAAGAGCACCGUUCAAGAUCCAACUCCCGCGUAGCUGGGCCAACCUACGCCCCUACUGCUCCCCAACCCAACCCGCAGCUCGCCCAGGCGCAAGCCGCCGCCUACCAGCAACAAUUGUUGCAACAGCAGCAAGAACAGGCCAUGGCUCAGGCCCAGGCCGCUAUGUCUGGAGGAAUUGGCCGUGCUCCUAGUAAGCGAACCCCUAAUCACCACCAGAGUCCAAACGUACAGGCAGCUCCUGGGUAUGGCCAGCAGAACGGCAUGCACAGUGCUUCCCGUCAGCAAGCGCCUGGAGCAGCCGUACCCGGCGCCAGGCCGCGACACCGAGCCCGUCAAAGCGCAGGCAUCGAUAUUAUCGCCUCCCUGAAGCGCAUUUGUAGCGAAGGUGACCCUCGAGACAUUUACCGCGGGUUCAACAAGAUUGGCCAAGGUGCUUCCGGAGGCGUCUUCACUGGUCAUGAGCGUGGUACGAACCGCCUGGUGGCUAUCAAGCAGAUGAACCUCGAGCAGCAACCUAAGAAGGACCUGAUUAUCAACGAGAUUCUUGUGAUGAAGGAUAGCUCACAUCCCAAUAUUGUCAACUUUAUCGACAGCUACUUGUGCGGCGGCGAGCUUUGGGUCGUCAUGGAGUUUAUGGAGGGAGGCAGCCUUACGGAUGUUGUCACCUUCAACAUCAUGUCCGAGGGUCAGAUUGCUUCAGUGUGUCGCGAGACACUUUUGGGUCUGCAGCACCUGCACUCCAAGGGUGUCAUCCACCGAGACAUUAAGUCUGACAACAUCCUGCUGUCUAUGGAGGGCAAGAUCAAACUGACCGAUUUCGGAUUCUGUGCCACUAUCAAUGAAGCCCAGAACAAGCGAACGACCAUGGUCGGAACACCAUACUGGAUGGCUCCCGAAGUUGUCACACGAAAAGAGUACGGACGCAAAGUUGAUAUUUGGUCUUUGGGUAUCAUGGCGAUCGAAAUGAUAGAAGGCGAGCCGCCAUACCUGACCGAAUCUCCUCUGCGUGCUCUUUGGUUGAUUGCCACCAACGGCACUCCUCACAUUAAGAAUGAGCAGGACCUGUCGCCCGUUUUCAAGGACUUCCUCUACUUUGCCCUCAAGGUGGACCCCGAGAAGCGAGCCAGUGCCCAUGAUCUGCUGAGGCACGAAUUCAUGAAGGGCUGCGUUGACCUUAUUCAACUCUCCCCCUUGGUACGAGCUGCUCGAGAACAAAGGGCGCAAGAAAAGGCUCGCAAGGGGCAGUAG